UGUCAAUAUUCACUUGGAUCAUUAACGAGAAGAAAGUGUGCUUGCUUUUGAAUUGCUGCUGGAGAUGAGGAUGAGGAUGAUGGGCCAUCAUUGCUUCAUUUUUGAUUCGUAAUAUACAUUGCUAAAGAUUUCAUUUGGAUAACUUUUUAAAGAUUUCAUUUGAUUUUCUGCACCCUCAGAUUCCAGUUUGGUAUCCUGAGCAAAUAUUGUCGUUUCCUAACAAACCUUGCAUUUAUGCAAAGCUUAUUUACUCAGCUUUCAGAUGACGUAGGAAUCUCAAUUUUGCAUUAUGCUUUUGAUAUCGCAAUAUUUUAUGUAACGCAACAAUGCUUCGUUUCAAACUGAAACCGAAUGGUUGCAGAGGAAGCAAGAAAUAAUGUGUGCGCAGUUUAGAAAGCGUCUCUGUCGCUGAUCCAGCAGGUGGCGCUGUGUGAAUGUGAGGGGAGCGGACAGAGGUCAUGACAGUGCUCAUGUCUCUUAAUCCUGACUGACUGUGUGUUAAUGACAAGCCCACGCUGUGUGGAUAACAUGCACUUUCUUGGAGAAAAUCUCCAGUGCCCUAGAUAAGCCCCCGAGACAAAAAACCUCCCUGAUUUUACAUGCAUGCUGCCAGUGACAUGUGCUAUUUGGAGUAGCAUGUAAAAGCAUUGCAUGUGGUAUACUUUCGUGGUAUAUGGAGGUAGGGGUUAGUUGUCACAGACGCUAGAUCUCAGUCCAAGCAGUGCUUCCCUUAGUUACAAACCUUAAAAAUAAUUUAUUAAAUGCAUGACAUUAUCUAUUUUAUUCAUUGUAAAUUCUGCCCUUUAAACUAAAACUCAGAUAUCAUAUUUUUGUGAUUAAUUGUUGGGUAAGACAAAAACAAUGGCACUGAGACAACAGUCACUAUUAAAAAAAGUAUUUUAGUACAAGUCAACGUCAGGCAAGUUGCCUUUUUUUUUUUUUUUUUUUUAAAUAAGUUUUCGUUUUCAAAAUUCAUCAGGUUUCUACUAAAAAUUCAAAACGAUACAAUUGCAUUUUGCUUAAAAAAAAUCUGCAUGCGUGACAGCACGCCCGAUUUGAAGAUAAAUUCCCCCAAAUCGAUAUUUAUCAAAUUAAUUUAGUUAAAAAACGGAGUGCAAGUCUUAAAAGGGUCGUGUUUUUUAAUCCAAAAAACACGGAUGAAAUGGAAUUGGAAUAGAGAGCGAUGGUUUCAGGUGUCUCUAUAUAAACUCUUUUAUUUCACUUUAUUUUCACUGCGAAGUUACGUCGCCUGCGCGGCCUCUGCGCAGAGCUGACGCGCUCGAGGCCCCCCCUCCCCGUGAGCGCGCGCGCGCCGACAGCUGAUGAUGCGCGCGAAUGAGCCGAGGGGUGCGCGCACUGACAGCUGAAGGUUCUCCGCGAUGACGGACACUCCGAUGGCCCAUCAUCCUCCUCAUCGUCCUCAUCUCCAGCAGCAGCAGCAUCAGCAUCCGCAUCCCUGAGCUCCGGACAGCCUCGGCGUCACCCUCAUCCUCAUCCGUCCUCCAUGCAGCAGAGCCGCCGCGCAGCGCCUGUCGCGUUUCUCGCCGUCCGUCCGCGCACCUCCUCCGCCAUCCUCUGCGUCUGAAGCCGCUCCGCGUCCCGUCACCCGCUCGCCGCGUCCCGUCUCCAUCCUCCCGCAGGAUGCCGUCCUACGCCGGGAUGCUCGCGCUGCUCCUCGCGACGCUCCCGUACGUAUCAUCUCAGAACGCUGGGUUUGUGAAGUCGCCAAUGUCAGAGACAAAGCUCACAGGAGACGCCUUUGAGCUGUACUGCGACGUGGUGGGUAACCCCGUGCCGGAGAUCCAGUGGUGGUACGCCGAUAUUAACCGGGCGGACUCCUUCAAGCAGCUGUGGGACGGCGCCCGCAAGCGACGGGUGUCCAUCAACACGGCGUACGGAGCCAACGGCGUGAGCGUGCUGGCCAUCUCCCGCCUCACGCUGGAGGACGCCGGGAUCUACGAGUGCCGGGCCAGCAACGACCCGCGCCGCAACGACCUUCGCCAAAACCCGGCCAUCACCUGGAUCCGAACGCAAGCCACCAUAGCCGUGCUGCAGAAGCCGCGAAUCAAUGCUUCCGAUCAGGAGAUUUUGCAGCCUAAAAGCGGGCAGGAGUUGCCCAUCACCCUUCAGUGUAACCUCACUAACUCACACAGCACCCACCGGGACACCUUCUGGAUGAAGAACGGACAGGAGAUCGCCAACACGAGGACGGAGCGCAAACACACCGAGUUCAAGUUAAGUAAACCGAGGACGGACGAUUCGGGUGAAUACAUGUGCGUCUACACCUUUAAGUCUGCUCCCAACGCCAACGCUUCCAUUGAGGUCAAAGCUGCUCCUGAAAUCAUCGGCCACAAACGAAGCGAGAACAAAAAAGAAGGUGAAAAUGCCACGCUGUACUGCAAAUCAGUGGGAUACCCUCAUCCUAUGUGGAUGUGGCGCAAGAAAGUUGGUCGGGGAUCUUACAUUGACAUCGACAACAGCACCGGCCGCUUCUUCAUCAUCAACAAAGACAACUUCACGGAGCUGAGUAUCAUCGGUCUGGACAUCGGCACAGACCCGGGCGAGUACGUCUGCAACGCCUCCAACAUCAUCGGCUCCAAAGAGUCCAUGACCAUCCUGAGGGUGCGGAGUCACCUCGCCCCGCUGUGGCCUUUCCUGGGCGUCCUGGCCGAGAUCAUCAUCCUCGUGGUCAUCAUUGUGGUUUACGAGAAGCGCAAGAGGCCGGACGAGGUUCCAGAUGUUGCACCAGUAAAAACGAACUCCACGAACAACCACAAAGACAAAAACGUGCGACAGCGGAACACCAACUGAGCCCACGGACCAACGUAGAAGAAAGCUGAAGAUGACCAACUGCAUAUCCUGACCAUACGGACGUAUCCGAGGAGAGGAGACGCUCCUGGCGAUUUUCAGCGACGCAUAUCCUGCCUCACGUGGAGAAGAAAACAACAAUAACGACAGCAUUACACUGGCAGAAACGAACAAUAAAGACUGUCUUAAGUUUGCCUUAUUCAGGCUCUGUGUGAAUGUGGAUGCUGACUGAAUCGUUCUGAAGGUGAUGACGAUGAAGAUGAUUUUACUACAUGUGCUGUUAAACGUUGCGUUUCGUUCUUUUAUCAUGCCCUCCUGCUGCACUAAUUUUUUUUCAUAUCUACAUGUCGUCUCGAAUGCAUGCAAUAACAUAAUCGAAUAAGAUUCAGAUAUCGUUUUUCUAUUGUUACUUUAAGUGGCGUUGCAUCCAAAUGAAUAGCCAGUGUGUGAGUGUGUGUGUGUGUGUGUGUGUGAGAGAGAGAAAGAGUAUAUCAGCGUGUGUGUGUGUGUGUGUUUUUAAAGAAAUUUAAAUGGAUAAAAAAAAGUUAAGGAAUCAUUGAGAUCUUUGUACAGUUUAUCAUCCAAUAAAACAAUACUAAAAGGAGGUGUUUUGUCUUAAACUAGAAUGCAAGAUCCUUUGUGAGUGGCAGAACAGUAUUUAAUCUUAAAGCUGAUAUUGUAUUAAAUGAAAUGGAUACAUGUAACAUUUAUUUUUUAGAGUUAUUUAGACGUCUUGUACAUGUGGUGCUGUAAGUGUUCGAAUAUUACGAUAGCAUCUGUAAAAAGGAAAAGAAUAUAUCUUUUUUUUUUUUUUUUUUUUUGUAAAUGUCCUGUUUCUUUUUAGAGAAAAGAUGAAUCUUGUACAGCAUGGCUAUAAUCCUAUGCAAUAUGUAUUCAUAUAGACCUACGGAAAAUUGUAAGGUGGGGUGGGUUUGUUUAAUUUCAGAGAAUAAAAAAGCUUUAACGGGACAGAGAUAAGGGUGCUUCGCAUUUGAAAUGCACUGCUGUAGUUGCAUGACAACUCUUGAUCAAUACAGUGUGUGUCAUCAUGACAACGGACCAACAUUCAAGGGAGGAAGUGGGUGGAGCUAAAGCCAUUACAAACUAUGUGAAACCAAUUGUUUCCUUUUUCAGAAUAAAGCUUCCAAAAUAUU